AUGAAGAACUUUAAAAUGUCCCGCCUGCUGUCUGUUGUGGGAACGUGGAGUAGGUCUGCAGCUGAUGAUAUUGAGUGCUUGGGCUGCGUGGCGUUUCUGAUUGGCGACGUCGCCGAAGCGGUUGCUCGCCAGAUGAAGCACCUUUCCCGCAGCGAGGGAGUAACGCGGGCCGGUGUGUUGGCGGACGGGCAUGCGGUGGGCCGCUUUCCAAGGGACCCCUGCGUGGUCGGGUGCAUGGCAGGUGGAGAUAAUAGAAGAGUAAUAAUCCAGAGUGAACUUCAAGCCGGCGUUCUGUAUAUGCCCAACAAGUGUUUUGUCACCGUGCUGGACGCGUUCUACGUGGCAGAGGUGCAACGAGCGCAAACUGCCAAGAAAAAAAUAAAUUAA